AGAAGAUGACUUUGUUCAGCAGACAGUGAGUGAGAGCUGUGAGGGCUUGAGAGAUGGAAUGUGUGUCCUUUAGCUUUCGCAUUUGCCUUAGAAAGUGAUGCACCCCAAAAGUAUUAAAAGGUCCUGAAAUAAUAAUCCAGAGUGGCACCGCACUUACACUGAAGCAUUGCCUGACAGACAAACUUCACUUGUACAAAACUCACGCACUCACUCACUGUUUGAGACUUAAAAGUGUGUGUGUGACUGUCCUGGUGUUCAUUUGACUCUGCCUGCAGAAUUUCGCAUUCAGGCAACAAACUUUCAGUGAAUUAGCUUCCCUUUGCUCAUCUUCGUUAGGAUCGCCAUGUUUUCUUCCUGGGCAUGGAGGCGGAGUGCUCAACUGCUGCCGGGAGCCUCUGGAUCAUCGUUGUUCGUGAGGUGUGCAAAAGCGGUGGCUGCUGAGUCGAGGGGAAGCCUGGAGCCGGCGAAAGAGGAACCGUCGUAUUUGGCUGCAGAGAUCGAGAGGAUGAAGAAGGCUUACGAGAAUUACAGUGUGUCGCCUCCAAAGCCUUUCAAAUUGAAGGAUAAUGGCGAUUUGCACUUGCUUCUGACCCGGCGCAAAGGGCCAGAAGACAUCCAGGUUAGGUGUGAGCUUUUCUUCCAUCCACGAGGAGGCCCGCCAGAAGAGUUGGUGAUUGAGGAGUUGGAAGAGGAACAAUCAGUGGAGCAGAAGGUGGUUGUAAACAUAACCCUCACUAUCACGAAAGACGGCCCGCAAGCACUCGAAGUGAAUGUCGACUGCGAUCGGAGAGGAUAUGCUGUCAACCACAUCGUCUACCGAGAAAAGAAGGACAUGAAGAUUGAGGACGAAUAUUUCCCAGCAUUCUGGAGAAUUAGCCCAAAAUUAAGGGUAGAGAUUCAUAAUUUUUUGGAGAGGCGAGGACUAGACGAAAGAUUUGCAUGUUGGGUACACGAUCAAAUGGACAACAAGGCGUUCAGAGAGCGUCUGCAUCAACUGCAGAAAAUCGAUUCUUUUCUGGGAUACAAGUUGAAGCUAUGAUAGAGCGGACUAGAUGUCCUCUUCUCCUACUGAAGUGAUUGUCAACGGUCGUUAAUUUGCUUUCAACUUAACGGUUGCCUCUGCCCUUGAGUCACCUCCAUUGGAAGUACUAUUCAUUAUUGACCAGGAGUGAACAGACUAGCCUGAGGUUGCCUAUUACGACUCCUGGAGGAGUUACACAUGUACAGAUAUUACUUGAGCACAGAGAGUUCAUUUAUGUCCGUCGAUCGAUUCUCGAAU